UCCUAGGAGACCAUACCCCCUUCCCACCAAGUAUUCCUACCAUAAUUAUAAGUCUUGCAUCUACGAGAUUUCCCUCCCCCCAAACCCCCAACCAUUCACUUAACAACCUCUCGCGCUUCCGACUCUACCAACCAGAUCACUGUUUCCCUGUAGAUCUUUCUGAAGCACUAAACCUCCCAGGAGUAUCAGCAACCUCACCUCUCCUCACUGACAGACGCCGUCAUGUCCCGCAACGUCUGUAUCACGGCGGCCGAAGGCCAGACCGGCUUCGCCAUCGCCGAGCUCCUCCUGUCGGAUCCUUUCUCCAGCAAGGUCGACUCGGUCACGGCCCUGACCAUGGACCCUUCCCACCCGAAGGCCAAGGAGCUCGUCGCCAUGAACGCCAAGGUCGUGCACCACGUCCCCGGCCGGGAGCGGGAAGUCGUCAAGACCCUCAAGGAGACUGGCUGUGACACCAUCUGCCUCAUCCCCCCCGCGCACGCGGAGAAGUUUGACAUCGCCGCCGAGCUCGUCAGGGCCGCUCAGAAGGCCGGCGUGAACAACGUUUGCCUCAUCAGCUCGGUUGGCUGCGACUACGCCGACCCGAAGAAGCAGCCUCGACUCCGCGAGUUCAUCGACCUCGAGGCUAUGACGCUGGCGACCAAGGGCGACCCGAACACGCCGCUUGGUCAUUCUCCCGUCGUUAUUCGGGCUGGAUUCUACGCCGAAAAUCUCUUGCUUUAUGCCCCGCAAGCGCAGACGGAGGGCGUCAUCCCGUUGCCCAUUGGAAAGGACCACAAGUUUGCUCCGGUGGCCUUGGGUGACAUUGCCCAAGUGGCAGCCCACGUUCUCACUGGCAAGGGCAAGCACGGAUUUGACGAUAAGCACCGCGGCCAGAUGAUGGUUGUCACCGGCCCUAUGCUCUGCACCGGCGAUGAGCUUGCUACGGCAGCAUCCAAAGUACUCGGCAAGCAGAUGCAGUACGAGGAUAUCUCCGAGUCUGAGGCCAGGAAGAUCCUUCGCGCGCAGUCGGAGAGCGAUCAGUCGGAACAGCAAUACCUUCUCGAGUACUACAGCCUUGUUCGGGAGGGCAAGACCAACUACAUCUCCACCUCGGCGUUCCACUACGUCACGGGCGAGAAGCCCACCGAGGUGGACGAGUUCUUCAAGAUGUACAUAGGCGAGUUCCAGACCGCUAAGCGGGUGAAACGCCACCAUUGAGUGGGAGCUGUGUACGGAUAAAAGACGAGGAGCGAAGUCGGACCGACACCGAGUGGCUAGUGACAAUAAGGCAGAAGGGCCGUUGCUGUGUGGCGUCCGUGUAAUAGCUUUCUAUAAUCCAGUCG